AGUUACCCGUACAACACGCAAACUAGAAGAAAUGUAUACCACUUUAUCAAAUGCCUCAAAAAAUAUGGGCCUGAAAGUAAACGAGGAGAAAACUAAGAUGAUGGCAUCAACACCCAACAAUAGAGCCAGAAACAUCGGUCACCAAUUCACUGUUGAUAACUCUACCUUUGAAGUGGUGGACAAAUUCACAUACUUAGGCUCCCUGAUUACCAAGGAGAACGUCAUGAAGGAAGAAAUCAAGCAAAGGAUAAUCCUAGCGAACAAAUGCUAUUUUGGACUGAGUAGACAUAUGAGAAGCAGAAACUUAAGCCAAAAAACAAAAAUAACCAUAUGCAAAACUCUUAUACAACCAGUGUUGACAUAUGGAUCGGAGACAUGGACCAUCUCCAAGGCAGAUGAAAACCUUCUACUUAUAUUUGAACGAAGGAUUCUGAGAGGAAUAUUCGGUGGCAUCUGUGAAAAUGGUAUUUGGAGGAGGAGGUACAACUACGAUGUAUACCAAAGAUAUAAACAUAUAUUUGGUAGUAAAGACGUAGUAUCUCUUAUAAGAAUAGGAAGACUAAGAUGGGCAGGACAUCUAGCAAGAUCACAGCAGAACAACCCUCCUAGAAGAAUCCUUAUGUCACAACCUGUGGGAAGUAGAAAUAGGAGUAGGCCAAAACUCAGAUGGAAGGAUGAUGUAGAUGAGGAUGGGAGAAAAAUAGGCGUAACAAACUGGCAACGGUUGGCAAUGGAUAGGACCGACUGGCGUAAUAGACUUGGGAAGGUCGAGGCUCUUUAAUAGGGCUGUAGUACCAUUGAUGAUGAUCAUGAUGAGGCAGAGAACGAGAAAAAAGAUAAGUCGUUAUAAAAAUGACUACCGUCCUACAUGAAGAACAUCAUCGAUGUUCAAUUCACAAACGAGAGGAUUUUAACAGUUCAACUAAAGAUUAAACAAGAAAAGUAUAGUUACAUCAUAACAUAAUAUGCACCAACUGAUAAUACAAACACGAAUGAAAAAAAUGAAUAUUUUGAAAAACUUCAAGAAAUAAAAGACAAGACAGAGGAUAACAAUUUAAUAAUAAUGGGCGACAUGAAUGGAAGAGUGGAAAAACAAAAUUAUGGUAUAGAAAAAUGGCUAGGUAAAGAGGGAGAAGAGACGAGAAACGAUAAUGGAACAAGGAAUAUAAAUUUAUGCAUCGAAAAUGAUCUGAUAAUAGGGAAUUCAAAGUUUACACACAAAGAUGUCCACAAAUACACAAGGGAAGAGAGGAGUAGAGGCGAGAGAUCAAUCAUUGAUUAUUUCCUAAUUAACUUCGAGAUAUGGAAAGCAGUCAAAAAUAUUAAGGUAAAAAGGAGCGCAGAAAUUGGAAGUAACCAUUAUCUAGUCAAAAUGAGCUUUAGAAUAAUAAAAUACAUACAAAAUGACAAAAAGAGAAAAAUAAUAAAAGAAAAAAUCAGAAGCUACAAACUGAAAGAAAUAGAAGUUGAGAAGAGAUACCACAAAUGCCUAGAGGAACUUCGGAAAAGAGCAAAUAAGUACCAAAAUAUAGAAGAAAGAUGGAAAGAUUAUAAACAUAGUCUAUUAGUAGCUGCAAAAGAGAGUUGUGGAGUAACAAGAAUAAGUAAUAACUCCAAAAAAACGCACAGCAUGGUGGACAAAAGACUUAGAAAAAAUAGUACAAGAAAAGAAACAACUGUGGAAAAAAUACUUAACAGAUAGAAAGCAAGAAAGCUAUGACAAGUACAAAGAGAAAAGAACAGAAGUUAAACAGAUGUUUAAAAAUAACAAAGACAGAACAUGGGUAGAAUUUGGAAAUAAAUUAACCGGAAAAUUCGGUGAAAACCAGAAAUUGUUCUAUAACACACUUAAGAGCAUGAGAAAACCAAAACCAAAUACAUUGAAAAACGUGAAGGAUAAGAAUGGAAACAUACUUACAGAAGAGAAUGAGAUUAUGGAGAGGUGGAGAGAAUACUUUGAAGAACUCUUGGAAGUGGAACAAGUAGAAGGAAAUAAGAUAGAACAAAACAAAAAUCAACACAUCCCACAAGAGCAACAAGAACAGAUAGGAAAUAUAACACAAAAAGAAUUAACAAAUGCAAUCAACAAAAUCAAGAUGGGAAAAGCACCAGGACAUGACGAUAUAACUGCAGAAAUGCUCAAAUACAUGAAUGAAGAAAGACAACUAGAAUUACUAAAGAUCAUGAACAUGAUGAGAAAGAGAGAAAAGAAAGUACCACUAGACUGGCAGAUGGGCAUUAUAACACCAUUGUAUAAAAAAGGAGAUAACAAAGAAUGCUCAAACUAUAGAGGAAUAACACUUGGAUAGGAAAACUUUAUGCUAGUAUACUAGAAAACAGGCUACGAGAAAAACUAGAAAACAUCUUUGAGGAGAGCCAGAGUGGUUUCAGAAAAGAAAGAGGGACGAACGAUCAGCAUAAUGAAACAAAUAGCAGAAAAACCUCUUAAAACAGAAAAAGAAAUACACGCAUGUUUCAUAGAUAUGA